AUGGAUGGAAUUUUUGGAAUGAUCGAUGGCAAAUUCAAACUGUCAAUAGUAGAUUCAACCAUGAUGUUGAUCGUGCAUCGUGCAAUGGAUAAAGCUCACCAAAGAGUCAAAUCUAGAGAAGGAGUUAUAGAGAGAUUACAUGAGAUAUCAAAAUUCUACGAGUUAUCCGUAAUGCAAUUGGAUGGUUGUAUCAAAUUUGUUCAAGAAGAAACUGACACUCACAAUCCCGAAACCAGCCAUGAAGAGGUUCUUGCUGGCUUGGCCGAAAUACGAAACCGCCUUCAACGACGCCUCUACGAAUCGGAACUCGCCAUACUACAGAAAGAUAGAGAGUUGGCAGAUCGAUCCGAGAGCGAGGUGAAGUUAAGGCAGGCUUUGGAAAUUACAGAGAGGGAAUUGGUUUCUUCGCAGGAAGAUCUUGAACUUGAAAGAUCAAGAAGUGCUGGAAGUUCCAACCUUAGCCCACAUGAAGGUGAGGAUGAUGAGAAUAGAGAUGGGGAAUUUGGUGAAGUGAAAGAAAAACAAGAGUUUGGUGAUGAUUAUGAGCCUAAGGUGAAGACCAAACGGAAUCGUUGUAUCAACGACGUAAUAAGAGUUGAAGAGAUGGGAUCUGACAUUGAUAUUUUGAAGGAAACUCUUGACAUUGCGUUUGGAAAGAUGCAUAGUGCCAUUUUGAUUUCUGAGAUGGGAGCAAUAGAGCAGCAAGUAAAGUCAAGUAUUGAGAACGACAUGAUAUCAAUCCUGCUUAAGGGAUUUGUGAAGGAUUGUCAAGAGGAUCUAGAAGCAGAAGUGACAAGGAAAGAGAAGCAAGUUUCGGCAAACAAACGUUGGUCGGAUUUAAUGAAUGAAGUUAUAGGCUUGUUUGAGGAUCUCAAACCUGUUAUUGGCCAAAAUGAAAUGCAGUCCCGAGAGUGCAACAUUUUGGAUUUUGAGUCAAUAAUUAAGAAAAAGAGUAUAGAAGCAGAACAGGAUCAAUUGAAUUCAGAAAUGCUUCAUGAUAAAAGGUCAUUAUCAUUAAGGAGAGAAGAAAGUCCUGAAAGCUUGAAAAGGAGGUUCCAAGAAAUACUAGAGAGACUAGAGAAUUCAAUGAUUUUGAAUGCUACGGUUAACAAAAGUAUAGAACAAAAUGAGGAUUUUAGUGAAGAAGACAUACCUUUAGAGAAAGGGGAGCAAAUAUUUGUAGAAAAUCAUAAGCAGAAAUCUGAUGUGGAUACUUUGGCAGAUGUCUGGGGGAAGAUGCAUCAACUGCAGGAUGAAGAAAACAGCGGAAUACAAAACCAAAUUUGUGCGCUUAGGCAAGAAAGAGAGGACAGAGAAUUUCAAAAUAUAAUGAAGGAAGAAACUUACAUCACUUUACUCCAAGGGUUGAGAGAAAAGUUUUGUGAUGAUUUAAGUAGCUGGGAAUUGGAGAUCCUGAUUUCAGAUGGAAUAUACAGAGAUCUCAUCAGGAGUAUGUUCAAUCAGUUGGAUGAAACCAUGAAAAGUAACCACACUGAAGCCAAAAUUAAAGAUGAUAUAUAUCAUGUCGUCUUCAAGGAGACAAUGGAAGAUUAUUGCUCUAUAAAUGACUCAGGAUUAGAUAGAUUGCAGGAAUGCAAAAUAAAGAAGUCGUCCAUCUUAGAACUUCACAAUAUGGAGCUAAACAAGUCAGAUUCUAAGUCCCUAAAACUUAUGGAGCUUCCACAUAUAACAUAUGAUUUUGAGCUGAUGGCAAAUAGAAAACUGGAAGCAAUAAUGCUUAGAUUAGAAGAAAUGAAGCAUACUUUGGAUCCACUGCCUCAAGCCAUGGCUUCUUUGCAAGAAAAUAAAUCACUUUAUAAGAAGGCCUUCAUCAGAAGAUGUCAAAAUCUCAGAAAAGCUGAAAAUGAGGUUCUGUUCUCAAUUUCUAAUAAUACUGAUGCUUUUCACUCGUUGUACAGCCAAGUGGAUAUUUUAGGGGAUCAAGUGGAUAUACUUCUUAGCUUGAUUGAGAAGAUAUACUCGAUUCUAAAUCAACAAUCACCAGCUUUGCAGCAAUAUUUUGAUGUAAUAUCUCUGAACGUCUCGGAAAUUCUUAGGUCAAUCGAGGAGGAGGUACCGGUAAUUGUUUGUACACCACCUGAAAAGUUAGAUACAAUCUGA